UUAAUCAUUGGUAGAGUACCAAAGAUAAGACCAUAUUUUAAAACUCAGCAUCCAAAGUUUCUGCCUUUGUACUCCAUAGGGAAUUAUCCGAUCAAAUUUUGGUAAAUUUAGCUCCUUUUUUCCGAUGGAGUCAGAUAGCAUUGAUUGUAUGGCAUCUUCAGAUGUGAUUGAUGAUGAUGAAAUCCACCAUCACACUCAUCAUCAUCAUCAUCAGCAGCAGCAGCAGCAGUUGCAGCUUUCUCCAUUGUCGAAGACCCACGGCAACAAUGGGAACAGAAACAGUAACGUGUCAUCGGCGGUUAACCCAAGCACCACCAGUGUCCAUGAACUCCUUGAAUGCCCUGUUUGCACCAAUUCUAUGUACCCUCCGAUCCACCAGUGCCACAAUGGUCAUACUCUCUGUUCAACCUGUAAAACAAGGGUACACAAUCGAUGCCCCACUUGUAGACAGGAGCUUGGUGAUAUUAGAUGUCUAGCACUAGAGAAGGUGGCUGAAUCUCUUGAACUGCCUUGCAAAUUUACGUCUCUUGGAUGCCCAGAGAUCUUUCCCUACUAUAGUAAACUCAAACAUGAUGCCCUAUGCAACUUCAGGCCAUACAAUUGCCCAUAUGCUGGAUCAGAAUGUGCUGUUGUUGGUGAUAUCCCAUUCCUUGUUGCUCACCUAAAGGAUGACCACAAGGUGGACAUGCACAGUGGAUGCACCUUUAACCAUCGUUAUGUGAAGUCUAAUCCUCAGGAAGUAGAAAAUGCAACAUGGAUGCUCACUGUAUUUCAUUGUUUUGGCCAGUACUUCUGUUUGCAUUUUGAAGCCUUUCAGCUCGGGAUGGCCCCUGUUUAUAUGGCAUUCCUCCGUUUCAUGGGCGAUGAGAUCGAAGCCCGCAACUACAGUUAUAGCGUAGAAGUUGGGGGGAACGGCAGGAAACUCAUUUGGGAAGGCACCCCAAGAAGCAUAAGAGAUAGCCACCGAAAGGUUAGGGAUAGCCAUGACGGCCUUAUUAUACAGCGUAACAUGGCACUAUUCUUCUCUGGAGGGGACAGGAAGGAGUUGAAGCUGCGAGUAACGGGGCGGAUAUGGAUGGAACAACAAAAUCCCGAAGGUGGUGCCUGCAUACCCAACCUCUGUAGUUAAAAUGAUAUAGUUGGAUCGAUUGCUGCAUAUUCUUGUUAUAUUAAUCGCAGUUGAGGAUUCUUGAAUUCGAUAUGGAUAUUGAAGUCGUAAGCCUUCGCCAUCAUUAACAAUAAGUUGUAUAUACUCAGCAUUUUGCUGUAAAUGAUGCAUUGCCAUUAUAGGGUUUACCUUUGUAUCUCACUAUCUCUGUUGUAAUUCAUCAGCAGCGAUUUGAG